CUGCGCGCGGGGGAUUGACGAAUAUGGCUGAUCAGCAAACUGCCUGAUAAGUUACGCUUGUUUUUCAGCACGUAUACCUGCGAGAAAGCUUUAUUGUCUGGUGUGAUUUUUGAAAAGAAAUGCCGAUGAAGACUGGAGACGGAGAUUCGAGUGGUAUUCCAUCUAAUGUCCCGGCUUUUUUGGUGAAAUUGUGGAAGUUGGUUGAAGAUCCACAAUAUGAGGAGCACAUUUCGUGGAACAAGAAUGGGAGCGGAUUUCUGGUGCACGAUCAAGCCACGUUUGCACGCGAGAUACUUCCUAAGUAUUUUAAACACAACAACUUUGCAAGCUUCGUCCGCCAGCUGAAUAUGUAUGGAUUCCGUAAAGUUAUUGGAGCUGAACAAGGGGGUCUGCGAUCUGAGAAAGAUGAAUGGGAAUUUUUCAAUGGAAAUUUCAACAAAUAUCAUCCUGAAUUACUUGAAAAUGUCAAAAGAAAGGCAACACCUGAGGAAAAGAAAAUGAGGACUGAGGAUGUGUCUAAAGUGCUAAAUGAUGUUCAAGACAUGAAAGGAAGACAAGAUGAAAUGACAAUGAAACUUGAUCAGAUCAAGAGAGAAAAUGUCACGUUGUGGAAUGAGCUGGUAGACUUGCGACAAAAACAUCAAAGGCAACAACAGAUUGUAAACAAGUUGUUCCAGUAUCUGAUGCGACUAAUGUAUCAAAAUGACAAGCUGACAAACCGCAAAAGACUGAUGUUGCAAGACAGCACAGAAGAGCAGUCAUCAAAGAGAGGGAGAUAUGAGUACAGAGACACAUCAGGUCCCAGCAGUGGCCAGCCACCACCAAGUUAUUCUGCUCAGAGGCCAAGCACACAGACACUCACAAUAUCUGAUAUCUCAAACACAUCUUCUUCAAGCAUUCCUGCCACUAGUGGGCCAUUGAUUACUGCUUUACCAGAUGAGGACAACAUUUCACAUGCCAGACCAGUUAUCAGAUUUCCAGAGGAAUCUGUACCAUCCUCACAGCCUAUUGUGUCAAGUCCUGUGUCAUCAUCAGCACCAACGUAUCCACAAGCCUCAGUGGUACAGCCGUGCUUUUCAACAGGCGUGGUCACUUUUCCUGAGGAGCAGAAUCAGACAACUGUUGUGCACCCAACUCAUGUCAUGGAACCUCCUCAAUCGUACGAUGAGCAUCACAAUAUAAGAAAUAAUCCUUUGAUGCGCAGAAUUUCUCAGGAAGAUAUCGGCCCAGACAGAAAUUUUAUAGGUGAACAAGUGGAUUACAAUUCACAGAUGCUUGAAAACAUUCAGUACCAGCUCUCUAAUCACCCCAUGAUCUUGGAUAAUAGCUUGUUUUAUGAUGUAUUUGGCCACGAUGGAGCGCCAGGAGCACCAGGGCAGGAUCCAUUGGAUGCCUUGGCUGACCGAGCUGCAGCCAGCCCUCUUCCUGGAGUUGGGCAAAGCUCGUCUCAAGGGGGGCAUGAACUAGUGCAGUAUGGUGUGCAAGGGUCUGGGGCCAGCAGCACUUCUCAGCGUGGACAUCCUAGGCCAAGGGAUCACGAAGACCAGUACGUGCGAAGAGACUGGGGCCAAGGACAGCAAGCGCAACAACAGCCUGGACAUGACGUUCAGCAUUUCUUUAAUGGCUAAACUGUUCAGAUUAGUUCUAGAUUUUUAUUUGAUGAGGAUUGUAACAUUUGUCCUAGCAUUGUUUUAUACGCUUCAUUUCGUGCGGCAGUUCUCUCAAGUUCGUUUUAGUUAUGAGAUUUUGUCGUUUUUGAAGUUUUAAGAAAAUUGCUAAGUCAACGUCAUCCGUUACGAGCACGGAACCGUUCAGAGAAUUAGUCGUGCUGAUGUAAGUUAUAUUAACCAGUUAGAUGUAACAGUAAAGUGGAGACAGUGUUUUAUGGAAUGAGCAGCAGGAAAAGGCGCAGAGCCGAGCCACAAGCGCAGGAAAACGGCAGUCAAUGGCAAGUGCGGGAAAAUGGUGGCCGAUGGUAAGCGCGGGAAACGCUCGUCGGGCACUUGACGAUUGUUUUGGGUUUCACUCUUGAUUAACUGAGAAGAUUGUAUCUUCACUCCGAUUGGUCAGAUCAUAUCAUCUCAGACUCUCAGUAGAGGAACAAACAGCGAACACAAUCCUCUUUGAAGUCGCUUGGAGAAGCGUUGUAAAUUGUGUAUCGCAGUGAAUAUUUUUUAAUGAGAUACGGAACUAACGAGUGUUACAUAAUAUAACAAAGUCAAAUUCGAAUGUAAUAAGUAGAUAACAUGGUUAGCUAAGGAACUGUAUCGACGAAACUUAAUAGUACAUCGUAUAGCGUACGAAAAACUUUUUUUAUAGCUCCGCGGGGAACAAUUAGCAGCUUUAAUAUACACUAAGGUGUUAGGAUUUUAAAUGAUUUAAAUAAUUAAAUUUGUCAGACAGUGGUAAAGACUACCCAAUUUAAAGCUAAAUGAGAAAUAAUUAAACAAAACAAAUA